GAGGGAGGGGCGGGCGGUGCCCAUCGAUGUCUCUGGGCUCCGCCCCUCCGCCUGCCCCGUUCCAUGAGCGAUUGAGCGGCCUGUCGGGGCGGCGGGACCCUGAGCCCACGCCCGGCCCCCACCCCCCGCCAUGGGGCUGCUCUCGGACCCCCAGUGCCGGCGGGCGCUGUCCCGCCUCGUCCUGCGCCUCAACACCCCGCUCUGCGCCCUGAGCUACGUGGCGGGGCUGGGCUGGUUCCUGGCCUUGGCCUUCCAGCCCCUCGCCCCCCGCACCUACAUGUCGGAGAACGCCAUGGGCUCCACCAUGGUGGAGGAGCAGUUCCUUUUCGGCGAGCGGGCCCUCUCCUACGCCCGCGAGUUCGCCGGGCACAAGAAGAAAGCGGGGGGGAUGCCGGUGGCCUGGCUGGAGAAAACCAUGUGGAACCUGGGGCUGGAGGUGCACAAGCAGCCCUUCUCCCGCACGCUGCCUUUCCCCGACGAGACCCGCGAGCGAUACAUGGUGAAGGGCACGAACGUGUACGGCAUCCUGCGGGCGCCCCGCGCCGCCAGCACCGAGUCGCUGGUGCUGAGCGUGCCCUGCAGCGAGGGGCCCCACAACAACCAGGCCGUGGGGCUGAUGCUGGCCCUCGCCUCCUACUUCCGAGGCCAGAUCUACUGGGCGAAGGACAUCAUCUUCCUGGUGAACGAGCAUGACCUGCUGGGCAUGGAGGCCUGGCUGGAGGCCUACCACGACGUCAACAUCACCGGCGUGCGGUCCGCGGGGGCGCUGGGCCGGGCGGGAGCCAUCCAGGCGGCCGUUUCGCUGGAGCUGAGCAGCGACGUGGUCACCAGCUUCGACGUGGCGGUGGAGGGGCUGAACGGGCAGCUGCCCAACCUCGACCUCCUCAACCUCUUCCACGCCUUCUGCCAGAAGAAUGGCCUCCUCUGCACCAUCCAGGGCAAGCUCCAGCGCUCGGACUGGGACUCGCUGCCCGCCUACGCCCACAGCCUGCAGACGCUGCUGCUCAUGGUGCUGGCCCAGGCCUCGGGGCGGCCCCGCGGCGACCACGGCCUCUUCCUCCGCUACCGCAUCGAGGCCAUCACCCUCCGCGGCAUCAACAGCUUCCGACAGUACAAGUACGACAUGACCACCGUGGGCAAGACGCUCGAGGGGAUGUUUCGGAAGCUCAACAACCUCCUGGAGCGGCUGCACCAGUCCUACUUCUUCUACCUGCUGCCCUCCCUCUCCCGCUUCGUCUCCAUCGGCGUCUACAUGCCGGCCUUCGGCUUCCUCAUCCUCGUCCUCGUCCUCAAGGCCCUGGACCUCUGGAUGAAGCUGAGCAAGUGCGAUGCCGGCAGCGCCGAGCGGCUCUGGGACGGCGGCGAGCCGGCGGCCGGCGAGGAGCCGCGGCCCGGUUUGUUGGCGCUGGUGCCGCCGCUGCUCAUCUGCCACGCCGCCGGGCUCGCGCUCUACUUCUUACCGGUGCUGGGGCAGCGCGUGGCCACCCAGCACUUCCCCGUCUCCGAGUCGGAGGCCGUCGUCCUCACCCUCAUCGCCAUCUACGUGGCCGGCAUGGCGCUGCCCCACAACACCCACAGGGUGCUGGCGGGGGGCGGCAGCGACCGGGGCUGGAUGACGCUGAAGCUGCUGGCGCUGCUGUACCUGGCCGUGCAGCUGGGCUGCCUCGCCCUCCUCAACUUCUCCCUCGGCUUCCUCCUGGCCGCCACCAUGGUCCCCGCCGCCGCCGCCGUCCAGCCCACCGGCCCCAAGGUGCUGCUGGCGGCGCUGCUGGUGCUGGCGACGCCGGCGGCGACGCUGCUGCUGGGCAUCUUCCUGCAGCGGGAGCUGGUGGAGGCGCCGGCGGCGGCGGCCGAGGGCUGGCAGCUCUUCCUGGCCGCCCUGGCCGAGGGGCUGCUCCAGCACCACCUCUACGGCUCCUUCCUCUUCCCCUUCCUCGCCCUCGGCGCCUACCCCUGCUGGCUGCUGCUCUGGAACGUCCUCUUCUGGAAGUGAGGGACCCCCCGGCGCGGGGGACCGCGGACGGGCCCGGGGACAAACUGACGAUGGACCCACGGACAAACCGACAAUGGACCCACAGAGAGACCCAUGAUGG